AUGAGGAUGAUUGAGGAGCUGAUUGGGUGUAGUCCCGCUCUCCUCCCUCCACCACCGGCGACUCCCACACCCAAGCCUCCACCUCCCAACAACAACCAACACCAACAACCCAGACAACAGCAGGGCGAUGCUCAGCUUCCUCGACUUACUAGCUACAGUUGGAUUUCGUUGGCAUGGUACGCCAUCAUGGUACUCAUGGCCGUCUCGGGCUCAGUCAUCGCCUUCCGCAAGUACCGACAGCCACCCCCACCGCCGCCGUUCCCGAUCUCCUCCUCACCACUAUCACAAGUCGCGCCCAACUCGAACCCGAUCCGGCCGAACUCGAAAACCCAAAACCUGCUCAUCCCAUCCGUCUCGAUCCUCCGUCCACUCUGCGGAUUAGAUUACGGACUCCGCGAGAACCUCGAAAGCGCUUUCCUCCAACAAUGGCCCCUCGAUCGCUUCGAGAUCAUCUUCUGUGUCGCUCACCCCGAUGACCCUGCUCGCAAAGUCGCUCAAGAACUUAUCUCUAAAUAUCCCGCAGUACGUGCUCGGCUGUUGAUCGCAGGGGAAGAACGAGUUGGUGUGAACCCAAAGAUCAAUAAUUUGAUGGAGGCCUACAGAACGGCGGAAGCUGAUCUACUAUGGAUCCUCGAUUCGAAUGCACGGGUGCAUCCGACAACGCUCGCCCGGGCAGUUUCAGUGCUAUGUCCGCCAAGUGGACCGACGCGAAGCCGUGGUCGGACCCGGAUCGGCCUGGUACAUCAUGUGCCAGCAGCAAUCCUCCCCAAGUCAGGAGGGAAGCAGAACGCUCAAAGAGGUCUGGGAUGUCUACUCGAGGGCUGCUUCUUGAACGGGAACCAUGCCAGACAGUACCUCAGCUUGAACGCCCUCGGCGUCGCAUCCUGUCUGAUGGGCAAAUCCAACCUCUUCUAUCGCUCCGACUUGGAACAAGCCACACGGCGGUUUCUAGCCCGCAACCGAGGUGACAACCGGCCUAACAAUCCAAGGUUUGACCUGGACGAGUCGGACGAGCAGGCUAGCUUGUUGGGUAGCAGCAACAACAGUAGUAACAGGAACCAACACUCUUCAUUCGAUGCUUUGGAGCUCUUCGGCCAGUACUUGGCUGAAGAUAAUAUGAUUGGUCAGACUCUUUGGGAUGAUGGGAUCAGACAUGCUAUGACGAUCGAUGUCGUCGGUAAUGUCGUCGGUCCACUCUCCGUCAAGGAUUAUUUCUCUCGUCGGAUCAGAUGGAUUAGGGCGCGGAAAUACAUGUCAAUAGGCACAACAUUAGUGGAGCCGUUUACGGAGUCAAUCUUGCUGGGAAUCGUGAUGACUCUGGCCGUAGACAGGCUAGAUCUGACGAACGGAAUGUCGAAGAAGGUGGUGAUGAUGAUCCAUGAAGUGAUGUAUUUCAUGCUAGAUUAUUUGGUCUAUCGGUCGCUGUUGCAGUCGCCGUUGGUUCUCAGCGCGCUCCAAAGCGCGUCUGCUCCCGGCCCGAUCUAUACCCGGCAACCGGCGAAAGCUUCCGCGUCGACCGGCUCCUCCUCUUCCUCAACCGUGGUCCCUUCAUCAGCAUCAGCAUCAUCAUCAUCCGCGACCUACCAUCACCCUUAUUCUGAACAAGAAGAAGAACCAUCACAACAGCAACAGCAAGAAGAACAACAUCAUGAGAGGGAUGGAGGUGAAGAGCUGAUCCAGAUCAAGCUGAACUUCUUCGAGUUCCUGAUCGGCUGGACUCUGCGUGAAUGCUCGGCCCUCUCCAUCUGGCUCAUCGCAAUGUCAUCAAACAAAGUCCAAUGGCGAAAACCUGGAAAGGUCUUGACGGUCCUGCGGAACGCCCGCGUCGCCGAAUCUAAUUAAACCUCUCCUGCACCCUAUGCACUUUCCCUCCUGUUUCUUCUUCUCCUCUGUCUUUCUGUUGCCUCCCUCUUGAUUCUGCAUUUCUUUAGCUUCUGUUGUCCCUCCUUGAAAGUGUCCAACCCCCCUAUCUUUUUCCUUUGUCUUUUCGUUACUUUCUUUAUUCCUCCUCGCCUUUUCUUUUUUCUGUUUUGUUCUUAGUUGAUUUUCUCUUUUUUUUUUGUUAGUCUCAAGAUAUCGCAUCUUCCUUCCCUCUUGAAUCUAGAAUAUCCGAAUUGUCAACCCCCUUUCCCUUCCCUCUUCCCCCCC